AUGCGGCCUAGGAUAUUGCAAUUCGGUAUCUUUCAUGUCUUCACUGGGAAAGACCGAAAGCGUUUCUUAAUUCAUAGGGUGUUAGAAUGUUCGUUCCCGAGCAAGGCCCUUCAGCCGUCUAUGAUUGAGGACAUUGAUGAGGUGGUCUUUGGUUGUUGUUGUGAGUUUGUGUACUCUGACGAUUACUCCUGCCAGAAAACCACAUCUUCAGAAAUGGGUGGGACAAUGGCUUCAACCUUAGAUCGGAAAAUCUUCCAUCCAACGAGGCUUCCCGGUAUCUAUGCGCUUCUGCUAGAAAGGCUUGACCAGGCUCCACGAUCGGAAGACGAAGAAGACUUGAACACCGAGUCUCUAGAUAGCUGUGCCGACUUAUUAUUGAGUCACGCUAAAAUGUAUCGUUUCGGUUUCCGAAUAGACUGGCUUUCACUGUGGGCUUCUCCGUUCUAUUGGCUUAUGCGGUCGCUUGAGAACUUCACCCUGCUUGAAGAAGGAACUAAGGAUAUCGUGCAACUUUUACAAUUCUUUUUCGAGGACAGUGAGCACAUAGAGAAUAUGCGAGGUGUGUUGCGAGACUAUGUUGUGUGGAAGGUGGAGAUUAUGGUGCAAGAUGCCGACUUCCAAAAGCUACUGGAGAGAAUCCCGUCUUUAGAAAAGGCAGUCUUUCGUUCAACGUGGAAGUAUAGCGACAUAAGAAAUCAAAUCCUCGGGUCGACAAUAAUCUCCUUGCAUGUAUAG